GUCAACGGGGCUGCUCAUGUCCAACACGACAUGGCUAUCUGGCAAGCGGAAGCCACUCAACAGAGGCGGCGGUCUGAUUGCCAUCAAUCAGAUCGAGGAGCUAGAUCCGCAUGGGCUGAGUACGAGCAACAAACGCGAGCGUGCAAGUUCGGUUGCCAGCGAAGACAUUGACCUCGAAUCGCACCACUCUCAUGAAUCUGAGCAUGACGAAGAUGUCGUGCAACUCGAUGUACGGCCUGGAGAGAUUGCUCCACCUCCCGCAACAGAGUCAGAGAAACGACGCAAAGCUGAGAUCCUCUACGCGAAACACAAUCAAGGCCGUCCGCCCAAGAAGUCAAAGACCGCGCAAGAGAAGCAGAAGGAGAAAGAUCCGCCGGACUUUAUAGCCACUUUGCCAUGGCCUGAUCAUUUCGUCAAGCUCGAGAAGACGUUCAAAGCCCUGAACACAGUCUACACAUUCUGUACUGCUCGAAAGCACCUAGCGCCUACUUACGCAAAUAUGAAGAAAUCUGUCGAAGGACUGUUGAGGCGCACGCUAGAGAUACAAGAGAUUGCUCAGAUGAAAGCGCUUCUGCCUGAGCUCGUUCGAUUCGCUUACAUUGCGCCGGAGCUUCUCAAAAUUCACAUGGAAGGUGCAGAGCAGAAACCCCAGUCUGGUAAAUUUGGCAAGAAGGACAAAGAUAAUGCUGAGAACGAGAGCUUUGAGCUACCGGACAUGUCUAGAGUCGAUCCUGACGAGCAAGUGCUCAUCUUUGAGUUCACUGAUGGCGAAGUCAAAGCCGAGAAAGGGGGUGGGAAGUUCAAUAGCCGACGGCGCAAGAACAAAGACGGCACCCACAAGGAGAUCAUCAUAAACGCAGUAUAUACGCCCGAGGCAAUGACUCGCAUGAUAGAGAAGCGCAACGUCAAAUUCCAUUCGGCAGUCGAUGAACUACUGGUCGCUUGCAAUGCUCAAGAUCUAGAUCCCGUCAGCCUGCUUCUGACUGCCACAGAAGAUCAUGUACCAGUGAAGAGCUCGGAAAUAGAGGGUGCAGAUAAGAUUGUGCCUCUGCGCGAGAGAAGAGCAGAUCUCGACUUUUACCUCCGCAAUCCUGACAACCGACCGAGCAUAGAGUCUGUCAUUGCCGAGCUCAAAGAUGAAGACUUCUACAAGGAUCAGAUCGUCGAUGGAGGUCACAGGAUUUUCUCUGCCCGCGAGGCCAAGUUUGGCAAUGUUGAGCUCUCGCAAGGCAUCAUGGAUGCUUUGUAUGCCACCAAAGGCAUAACAUCAAUGUACUCUCAUCAAGCCGAAGCGAUCAAUCAUCUCAUCAAUGGCAGUCACGUCAUCGUCUCUACAUCCACCUCGUCGGGAAAGUCGCUGAUCUAUCAAGUUCCAGCGCUGGCAGCGUUUGAGCGUGACAUAGAAGCGACUGCCAUGUAUAUCUUCCCAACGAAAGCGCUCGCGCAAGAUCAGAAACGAGCGCUUGCAGAUCUGUUGUCGUACUGCGAGCAUCUCAGCGAGGUCAAGAUUGCCACCUUUGAUGGUGAUACACCCAAGGAUGAUCGAAACUUCAUCAGAGACAGAGCAAAUGUCAUCUUCACCAAUCCGGAUAUGCUCCACAUCACAGUCCUACCACACGAAGAGGAAUGGCGGAGAUUCUUCGAGAAUCUCAAGCUCGUUGUGGUAGAUGAGUUGCACAUGUACAACGGCCUUUUUGGCUGCCACGUUGCCUUCAUCAUGCGGCGCUUGCGACGUGUAUGCGCCGCUGUCGGCAAUCAUCGCGUCAUGUUCGUCUCUUGCAGCGCAACAGUCUCCAAUCCGGCAGAGCACAUGGAAGCAAUCUUUGGCAUCACUGGCGUCAAGGUUGUCGAUGUAGACGGAUCGCCGACAGGUCGCAAAGAGUAUCUCGUCUGGAACCCACCUUUCAUAGAUCCUCAUCAGAUCACACAAGGACGCGUCAGCACGAUCGCAGAGACUUCUCGCAUCGUCCGCUUUCUCAUGGACCGAGGCAUCCGCGUCAUCGUCUUCUGCAAAGUGCGAAAGAUCUGCGAAGUCGUGAUCAAGCAGAUCAGAACAGAUCUUGCCAUAGAAGGACGAAGUGACAUGGCUUCCCGUGUGCGCUCAUACCGCUCCGGAUACACGGCAGCGGAUCGUAGAGAGAUCGAAGCGGAAAUGUUCAAUGGCCAUCUGCUGGCUAUCAUAGCCACCACUGCCCUCGAGCUUGGUAUUGAUAUUGGCAGUCUCGAUGCUGUCGUGACUGUGGGCUUCCCCUAUACGCUGCCAGGCUUUCGACAGCAGGCAGGUAGAGCAGGUCGUCGUAACAAGGAUUCGCUCGCCAUGCUCGUCACCGAUCCUUGGCCACUCGAUCAGCAUUACGCCCGCAAUCCGGACGAGUUAUUCUCAAAGCCGGACGCACAGCUCAGUGUCGACCUCGAGAAUCCGAUCGUGCUUGAGGGCCACCUUCAAUGUGCUGCGCAGGAGAUGCCCGUCAAGCCGGAAGAUGAUGAGGUCUACUUCGGUGCGAUGAUGAAAGAGAUCUGCAAAGAGCGCCUGUUGCCGGACGAAGAGGGCUACUAUCACGCGCACCCUCGCAUGCUACCAUUCCCGUCACGUCACGUCUCAAUACGUAACACAGAGGAUGAGACGUAUGUCAUUGUCGAUACGACGAACGGUCGACAAAAGAUUCUCGAGGAGAUCGAAUGGUCGAGAGCUGUCUUUGAAGUGUUCGAAGGGGCACUGUUCAUUCAUCAAGGCAAGACGUUUAUCACUCUCGAAGUGAACCACACGACUCGUAUCGCUAAGCUCGUCCAAGCUCAAGUCGAUUGGAUGACAAAGCAGCGCGAUUACACCGACGUCGAUGCCGUCGAAGCCGUCCGCGUUCGCGAGAUCAAGGGAUCCGUCAAUCGCGCGUAUUACGGCCCCGUCAGGGUCACUUCGGUGGUCUAUGGCUACUUCAAAGUGGACAAGCGCAACAACAUCCUCGAUGUCGUCGAUCUGGAUACUCCUCCCUUUGUUCGCGAUACCAAUGGCGUUUGGGUUGACGUCCCUCGAUCUUGCCUUGAGAUUCUCACCGAGAAGAAUCUGCACAUUGCCGGCGCCAUACACGCUGCCGAACACGCGUUGAUGGGUCUGACGCCACUCUUCGUAAUGAGCGUAGCUGGCGACAUUCGCACAGAGUGCAAAGUGCCGGAGAAAGAGUUUCUGAAUAAAGCUUCCAAACGAAAGCGGCCAGCAAGACUAACAAUCUACGAUGCAUCCGGCAAAAGCGGAGGAGUAUGUGCAAAGGUGUUUGACCACAUCAAUCGGUUACUUGCAAUGGCCGCCGAUACGAUCGUCAAUUGCAAGUGCAUAGAAGGAUGCCCGUCUUGCGUUGCGAGCGCUAGUUGUUCGCAAGGCAAUAUUGUCGUGUCAAAGCUCGGCGCUUUGAUCUGCCUGCAGAGUAUCUUAGGCCGACAUAUCGACGUUGACAGCAUUCCUGUCUUCCCACCGAUGCCACAGAGCAUGGCAGAGACAAUCGAAGCUCAAGGACCUGUCAAACUAUCCUCGACCGCUGUCAUACUGACAGCCAACGGAACGCCGAAGCCACGCGAGGAGCUGAGGCAAGCACAGGGCUUCUUCGAUCUAGAUGAGAAUGAUACGCCUGAUCUGUUAGCGGGACGAGGUGGAUUUUUGCAAGACUGA